AUGAUGAUGGAAGAUGAAUUUCAAGACCGUAACAACAAUCUGAGCCUCGACGACAUUGAUCUCUCUCUCCUCCGCCUCUCUUCCCCACCUUGCGACUACUCUCGCUCCUCUUUCUUCUCCGCCGUAUCUCCUGAAAUCAGCCCCUUGAAACGCUCCUCCCCUGUUUCCGACGAAUCCGAUCAGCCAAAACGCAGGAAGAUUUCCCUCCAAAACCCAACCUUUAUCACCUCUCCUCUUCGCUUUACUUACCCGGAAACUCAAUCUUCCUCAAUCGACGACCAGACCCGGUACCCGAAUCUCACCGCCGGCCAAGUCCGUUGCUCCCACGCAAGCCCUGUUUCCGAGAAGCACGAAACGUCGCCGUCUGCUUCCAAGACUCCUGAGACAGAAACGAUGAAGGUGGUUAACAAUCGAGUAGAGGAGAUCAAUCGCGAAGAGACUACUAACUCUGAUGCUUACGAGAAUCAGCAAAAGGAGGAAGAAGAUUGUGAAGAAGGGAUGAGGAUAGAGAGAUCUGGAGAUGGAUUUGUAAUUAGAUUGAAGUGUAGAUGCAAACAAGCGUUUAGGGUUCUUUUCUCUGAUCAUCACCUCUACUUCAAGCCUCUCUAA